AUGUGUCCGGCUGGCGCCCCUGCCUCCGUCGGCACAGGUGGCCCCCUCUUCGCCGGGGUCACCUACGCCACCGGCGGCGUCUUCCACGCCGGCGACACCGACACCGUUGUCGCGGCCCCCAGCUGGCCGUGUCGCGACGCUGGAUUUGUGGAGGCCAAGUUCGACACUUCUCUGUUCAUCUACCACCAUGGUGCUGAGACGGUGUACCUGCUGUUCUAUGUUGAUGACAUUGUCCUCACAGCCUCCAGUGAGUCCCUCCUUCGCCGGCUCAUAGCAUCACUUCAGCAGGAGUUUGCUAUGAAGGAUUUGGGUGCACUCGAUCACUUCCUCGGGGUCACUGUUGAACCUCAUCCUGCCAGGUUACUUCUUCACCAGCGGCAGUACACUCUUGAUAUCCUGAAGCGAGUUGGGAUGACUGACUACAAGCCUGCUCCACUCCGGUUGACACACAAGUACCUCACCUUCACCCGACCUGACAUCACCUAUGCAUUUCAGCAGAUAUGUCUCCAUAUGCAUGAUCUUCGUGAGCCACACCUCACCGCUCUCAAGCGGAUCCUACGCUACCUCCGCGGCAGCGUCGACUUCGGUCUCCUCCACCGGCGGUCGUCCUCCACCGAGCUCAUCGUCUACACUGACGCCGACUGGGCCGGGUGUCCGGACACCCGCCGCUCCACCUCCGGCUACGCCGUCUUCCUAGGCGGCAACCUGGUGUCCUGGUCGUCCAAGCGCCAGCCGCUUGUCUUCGUCUCCAGUGCCGAGGCGGAGUACCGCGCUGUUGCUAAUGGCGUGGCUGAGGCUUCCUGGCUUCGGCAGCUCCUCGCCGAGCUCCAUAGCCCUCUCUCACGGAGCGCGCUGGUCUACUGCGACAACGUCAGUGCGGUGUACCUCUCCACCAACCCAGUCAAACACUAG